AUGGCAGCUUCUGGUUAUCCAUUGAUCCUACUCUUCUUCUUAUGUUUACAUGUUCUUCACCGAGCAAAGUGUCAACCGUUCAUCGGAGUAAACUACGGCCUCGUGGCCGACAAUCUCCCGCCUCCGGCAGCGUCUGCAAAGCUUCUCCAAUCCACAACUAUCCAGAAAGUCCGUCUCUACGGAUCCGACCCGGCUGUAAUCAAGGCCCUAGCGAACACCGGGAUCGAGAUCGUGAUCGGAGCAUCAAACGGCGACGUACCCGGUUUAGCAUCCGACCCGAAUAUUGCCCGGGCCUGGGUCGAAACCAACGUGGUCCCUUAUUACCCGGCCAGCAAGAUCAUUCUCAUUGCGGUGGGCAACGAGCUCACAACAAUUACCGACCGUAACCUCAUGUCGCAGCUCUUGCCGGCGAUGCGAAAUGUCCAAACUGCCCUCGAGGCGGCGUCUCUUGGUGGCGGAAAAAUCAAGGUCACGACGGUACACGUAAUGUCGGUUCUAGGCCGGUCAGAACCUCCCUCGGCCGGGGCAUUCAACCCCGACCAUGCUGAUAUAUUGAAAGGGGUGUUAGAGUUUAACAGUGAGACCGGGUCGCCUUUCGCGAUUAACCCGUACCCGUUUUUCGCUUACCAAGAUGACCCGAGACCCGAUACGUUGGCCUUUUGCUUGUUUCAGCCCAAUCCGGGUCGACCCGACCCUAACACCAACAUCAAGUAUAUGAACAUGUUCGAUGCUCAGGUUGAUGCCGUGCAUUCAGCUUUAAGCGCCAUGGGGUUCAAGGACGUAGAGAUAGUAGUAGCUGAGACUGGGUGGCCGUACAAAGGUGACCCGACCGAGGCAGGCGCAACCAUUGAGAACGCGCAAGCUUACAAUAAAAAUCUCAUCGCUCAUUUGAAAUCCAUGGUCGGGACGCCGCUGAUGCCCGGGAAAGUGAUCGACACAUACUUAUUCGCAUUGUACGACGAAAAUCUCAAGCCCGGGAAAGCGUCCGAACGAGCCUUCGGGUUGUUCAGACCUGAUCUAACCAUGACUUACGAUAUCGGACUGACCAGGACUACCAAUAACCAAACUUCAAUGGCUCCACAAUCCCCAAGGACACGUCUCCCACCAGCCGCGGCUCCGACGAGACAAACCUUUCCUGCUCCGCCGCAGAUGAUUCUCCCUUCGCCGGUUUCUCCUUCCGACAAAAAUUCUGGACAAACCGACGUUCACAAUUCUACUCCGCGAUCUGCCUCUCUAGCUCACAUAUGCCGUUCUCUAUCUAUUUCAUCGUCCAUGUUGUUUGCCUCUGUUUUGUAUGCAACGAUCGUAUGCUUGUGA